GGGCUUUUUAUUUCCAUGCCAUCAUAAACAGUCUAAGACCAUCGAUUUCAAACAAAUAUCUUCUUUAUCAUCAUCUUCUACUAUAGACCUCACAGUUGAAACGAUUGAGAAUACUAUUUUACAAGCGUAUUCUUAUGCUAGCCAUCUUGUGUGUGACUUGAACAUGUAUCAACCACAUCAAAUUUCAUCAUUGGAAAAAAUGACAAAAUUGGCUAGCGUUCAACUUCAAAAAUCAAAAAUAGUCGAUUAUUCAUAUCUUAACGAACACGAUCCAGACUUUAACUCAGAUUCAGAUGACAGCAGCUGUGAAGAAGGGGAUACUACCGAAAAUGACGCCGAUAAUGGAGAUUCAAUCGACGGCGGUGAUGAUGAAGAUUAUCUAUCUGAUCAUCUUUGCAAUGUUAGUUCGACUAAUUUUCAAGGAAUGCGAGUUUUUGAUUCUAUUAAUCCAACGUUGGCUAAGUGGUACUUUAUCGUCAACAUUAAUGGUACAAAAAAAUAUUUACAUAAACAGACAGCUGCUUGGCUUCUUUCAAGUGACAAGUCUCCUUUGUCAUUAGAUCGUUUAAAACGUGUUAUGACUAACAACUAA